AUGCUAUUCAUUCAAAAGAGAUUACCAUAUGAACAGGAUCAUGUCAACAUAAAUGAUUCUUCAACUUGUGAUGUUAUCCGGAACAAAUUGGUGCCUCAUAAGACUUCUACCACUAAGGCCUCAAGGCUUUCAGUCUCACAAUCUGAGAGCAACAAUCACUCUAGACCAGCAAGAAGCAGUUCAGUGACUCGUCCUUCGAUCUCCACUUUACAGUCUCAGUACAACAACAACUAUUCUUCAAACAGAUCCUCCUCCACAAAUAUCCUCAACACAAGCUCAUCCUCAGUUUCAUCUUACAUUAGACCAUCUUCCCCGAUACCUCAGUUUCAUGAACCUAGAAAAGUCUCACAUGCUCCUGAGGUAGCUACAAGAAGAUCAGUUAAAGCCUCAACCAACACAACUGACAACUCUGGAUUUGGAAGGAAUAUCUCAAAGAAAUCCUUGGAUAUGGCAAUCAAGCACAUGGACAUAAGGAACGGCUCGGGAAAUCAUCGUGCACUAUCAAGCACCACACUGUUUCCACAAAGUAUUCGAAAUUCCACGCCCAAGAGUCAAUAUAAUCGAGGUUCAAGUGCUCCACCAACAUCUAUCGAAGCGAACGGAAACAUACUAAACAAAAAUAAUGGAUCCCAUUUUGACGUGGUAAACGGAAUCAAUAGAAAUAUGAUAAAAGGAAGAGAGAUAGAUGAAAGACAAUACUCAGCAAAACUGAGUGAAAUUGACGUAUACGAGAGCUCUCGUUACGACGCGCUGUUGCUUAAAGAAGAUUUGAAGAAUACAAACUGGCUUCAUAGUAUGGAUGAUAAAUUUGAUCAAGGCUCCUUAUUAUUUGAUAAUGGAUUCGAGAACCUGCCUGAGCCUUUUGGUCUCUUAUAG